AUUCUGGUUUAGUGCAAUGAAGUGCUUCUGUCAUGACUUUUUUUCAGCUUAAACUUCAGGUGGAUCAUCCAGAAGUGUAAUGCAUUCAUUUGAGAAAAAAAAGUCUGUGCUGUUUUUCUGAAAAAGAGAUAAUUCAGAAAUCUCUUUAAUUCAGAAAAACAGGAUUUUCUCAAAGAAAUCUUUAAAGAUUUUGAGAUAAUGAUCUCUUUAAUUCAGAAAAACAGAGCAGAAAUUUAUUUUUCUCAUGAAAACUUUUCUCAUGAUUCUGAGAUAAUGAAUGACUUUUUUUCUCAAGUGAAUGCAUUACACUUCCAUAGGAUCAUCCAUAAUUUUAAGCCAUUUCCAGCAGCACUGACACCAUUAUGACAUUAUUUUGACCAUUGCCCUUUUAUGUUAGAGCUUAGCAAUGUGUUUUUAACUAUUAAAACCAACCUGUAAAAACUACAAAAUGGUAUUAAUUUGUGCUUUCUUUAAAGUGAAAAGUAAAAAUACUUAACUGGUGACUAUAUUGACGUGGGAAAAUUUGCUCCAGCUGAAAAUGAAAAUGCUCCAGUGGUUGAGUGUGGCAGGUGGUUUCCCAAGUUUCAGUAUACACAACUUUCAGUUCACGCCUUUUUUUUAACGGGCUAUGUGUGAGCACAUGAGGGGGAGGAAGUGGGCGUGACAAGAGCCAUAUCUUCUUCUUCGGUGUUGCAUCUGGUUUAACACAUCCUCUACUAAUACAGAAGGACUAAGUAGUGAUCAAAAAUGCCUUCUAUAUUUCUCCACUGUUAGUUCGGCUCUAAGUUUUAGUGGAAGAAGCCAUUUUUCUUUGAAUAACCUAAAAGUAGAAAUCAUGGUGAUGCCGAGCUUGUGUCAGACUGCCUUCACGGUACUCCGUCAGGUAGAGCCGAUUAUCGUGCUCGAGGAGCUGGGCAGCACUCUCUUCGACACCGCCCUGCAGAUGGUAGUCAAGGACCGGAGUGCCAACGCCACCUACCCCGAUAUCUCCAGGGAGGCCAGCCAGCAGAAAGCCAUGACGGACUUCUUCAUGACCUACAACCUCAUCAUCCGGCUGGUCCCGAUCAUUCCUGCGCUGCUCCUCGCCAAGUUGAGCGACCGCGGCAGGAGGAAAGCUCCCAUCGUGGUGCCCCUGAUUGGGUACGUGUUGUCCAGGCUCGCCCUUCUCCUGGUGGUCAUCUUCCGUAUGCCGGUGGAGGUGAUGUUCGGCGCGGGGGUUGUUUUCGGGCUCUCCGGCGGGUUCUGCGCCUACUGGCCCGGUGUGAUGACGCUGGCGUCGCUCGGCUCCACGGCGACUGACCGGUCCAAGGUGAUGAUGAGGGUGGAGCUGCUGUAUGGGACAGCAGGUCUGGUGGGCAGCCUGGUGUCGGGUCAUCUGUUCCAGCUCUACAGCUCCAGUCUGGGACAUGGGAUCGUCCUGCUCAUUGUGAGCAUACUGCUGCACCUGCUCUGCCUCAUAUUCUCCAUAGUCCUGCUGCAGGUAAAACAAGUUUACAACAACGAGCCUGAUGAGAACUGCCAUGCCCUUUCUCAAACCUCUGACGAUGCUGCUGUUGUCGAGUUUCCUGCUGGGAUAAACGUGGUCAACGUGGUUCUGCUUUUCUUGGCUGCCAUCCUGUACAACUUUGCAGUGGGUGGAGCCAUAGAAAUACUGGGUGUCUUUGUGUUGAAAGAGCCGCUCAGCUGGAGCGCCACUCAGGUUGGUUAUGGGAACGCAGCAGGCUGCAUGAUUUUCCUCACCAGUUUCCUCGGUGUCAUCCUGUUCCGUCGCUGCUUCAGCGACAUCAUGCUCAUCCUGAUCGGCAUGCUGUCGUUCACCUCUGGAAUCUACUUCAUGUCCUUCGUGACGACAACCUGCAUGUUUUACCUUGCUCGCUCACUCAACCUGUUUGCUCUCAUCCCGAUGCCCACGAUCAGAUCUCUACUCUCACAGCAGGUUCCAGCAUCCUCAUGUGGCACCACUCUCACCUCCCUGCAGCUGGCUCUGAAGUUUGCUGCUCUGGCUUACAUCCCUGCCUUUACUAAGAUCUAUCAGAGAACCCUGGACUGGUUCCCAGGCUUUGUCUUCAUGCUCUCCAGCAUCUUUACCGUACUGGGAAUGAUACCCAUCAGUAUCGUCGGCUGCAGAUCACCUGAUCAGAGGCGACAGUACGAAAGGAUCUAGUGAGACUGAGCAGCAGUGAGUUAGCACUCGUACGACACACAUGGGAAGUGAAACGUGGAGUAAGCAAGACUAUAACUGUAGACGCUGCAGUAAAGGGGCUCCUGCACUUAAGCUGUUACAGGAGGAACAAACAGAAGUCGUAUUUUUACAUGAGCAUUUUAUGAUACAGCCAUUAUAUAAGGCCUGUGUGGACAGAUGACUCGCCCUGACAGGUGGCACUGCAUGAAAAUAUCUCAAACCAGACUGACAAGAAGAUAUGAAAAGUGAAACUGUUGAACUUUUCAACCGAGUUGCAAGCAGAUGACAUGAGCCAAUGGAUUUCAUCAACUAGUGACGUGUCCACAACAAUACGUCCAUGGUGAUUUCAACAUAACGUAGACUUUUCAGGGAGUGUGUCAGACAUGAAAAGUCCCUUAUGAGCACUGCUGAAAAUAGAGAGGAGAAAUUUGAUUUCAUGCAUUUAAUCACGUUUGCUUUUGUGAACCAGCUCAAGCUACAGGAUCACAUUAUUUCAUUAAUAAAUAUUUCAUAUAUUUGGUUCAGUUCUGACACCUAUAACAGAGCUUUGCAGGGAUUUCAGGGAUUUUCAUACACAUUGCUUGGAAGUUAAAUUUCCAGUUGUCACCGCAUCUGCUGUUGUAGUAUAUGUAAUCUUAUGAGAUUUUAAAUAUCAGACAUCAGAAGUUCAUAUUCCAUUGUGAUUGCAGAUUUUGUUUUCUUCUUAGUUUACAUUUUGUUGUUAAUUGUAGUUUUGGUUACUAGUAGUGAGAGUGUGACCAAAUCAGGAUCAAAAUCUGCUGCUGGGUGGCGUUAGUGUUUCUGUACUUUAGGAUGGUUUACAGAACUGUUGACACACUCUGUUCGUUACUUUAAUUGCAGAGUUUUUUGCGUUGUGGUUCCAAUUACCAAUCACGGGAAAAACUUCAUUUGAAAGUCCCUCAUACUGACUUACCUUCAAAAAACUAAGGUCUGGAUAAAUUGUCUAGAAUUAAAAUAUAUGCACUUUAUGGUAUGUGGUGCGCAACACAACUUCGAAACCUGCAGGUCAGGACAUGCUGACAGAGCAAAAGAAAUAUGUUUUAAAAUGACAUUCGUGUUUUUAUGAUUUUUUUCACUUGUGAUAUUAUUUUAUAUUGUGAUAUCUCCUUUUAAUUUUGCAUUUGGUUGUAAAGCACUUUAAACUGCACUAACCUAUAUGAAAGGUACUAUACAGUUUGAUAAUGUGCUACUUUGUCUGUUUGCAGCCAAAUUGCCUGUGCAUUAAAUUAUCACAGUAUAUUUUAAAAAGUCAGAAACAAAACAAUGAAAUUGUCAUGUUGAAAUGUCAUAUUUUGUAAUAACUACAGAUGGAUUUGAAUAUUUUUUAACUAGAGUAGUUGUACCUGAAGUGACCUUGUCGCCCUGUGAAGAGGUUUGGUAAUCUCAGCAUGUCUUGUCAUCUUGUUUUAUGGUUUUUAAAGGUAGAGCUGAAGGGAAGAAGGCAGCCUGCAGUAUCAUUAUUUCGACUUAAUGAAUUCAUUUAUUAUUGCAUUUUUACAUGUUAUGUGACACUUUAAAAAGCACACAUACAAAAGGAUUGCUGUCAGUGUUAUUACACAUAAGGUACAAUUUAUCAUCAAUCUACAGUUAUGUUGUAUAAAAGUAUAGUUUCUGUUUCUUUUAAAAAAAAUAUUCCUCAAAACAUUUUUGUUUUGAGAUCUCCAAUUUGAUUUUGUCUGUGUGAAAGUAACUGAAUACAAUGUAUUAUGAAAUUCACUUUAAUUCUGCAAAUAAAGAAUUUAAAAUGUA